UCUUUCACAUUUCUAGCGAGCGAUUUGAUCAUAGCGGGUGUAGCAAACUGUGAAAAAUUGUCGAAAAAAGGAAAAUUUGUUUUUUUUUUGUGACGUGUGAAGUAAUGGCUUCGGUGCCUUAUUGGGGUCUCACGUUGCUCCUUAUGGGACUCUUCGGCAAAGGUGACGCAGUCAAAUGUUUCGUCUGUUCCACUCAAGUAAACGAGACCGCCUGUAAGUACCCGGAAAGUUACAAUUUACCGGUGAGAAAGUGCGAUUUAACCGCCCUGGAGAAGACCAGGGAGUUCGCACGCGGUAUAGACGAAAGAUACAAUAAAAUCUUCGAAGUGGACGUGCCCACCAUCGACAAAAACAUCGACCUGGACUGUCUCAAGGUGGUCACACAGGUCGGCAAUAAGAUUUACACGUUCCGGGGCUGCCAGCUGGCCGAACAGUCAAGCCUCGACAUUUGCCAGAAAAUGCAGAAGGCUGACACCGACUACAUGAAGAAGGUUUAUUGCAGCAGGUGCGGCAAGGACCGUUGCAAUUCCGCACCAACAACCCAUAAAUACCACAUUCCCGUUGUUGUGGUGCUUCCCGUACUUUUCAAGGGUUUACUUUAAAAAUUACUUGUGUAUAGCUUUUUAUAUGUAUAGAUGCGCUUAAUAUAAAGAACAAUCAUGAUAUACUCACAUAUUAUAUAAUAGGUUGGCUUUUUUUGGUGUAUUUAUGACAUUUUUUAUACGUGCUAAAGCAGUUAGUUGUUAAUGUUAGAAAUAAACGUGUUAAUGUUAGAAACAAAAUGGCGGCAAACUGUUGAC